AUUGACCAAUCAGGUGGGUCUCGUAGUGAGCUAGCGCGAGGCUGUGUGGUCUUCAGUAGAGAGGAAGGCAGCGCGAGGCCGUUAGUGUGACUGAGGAGAGCAGACGACGGGACGAACACUAUCAGACGGUGUGGUGAAAGUUAAGCGGCUUUAUAAAAAUGGCAAAGGGUGAUCCAGGAAAACCCAAGGGCAAGAUGUCCGCCUAUGCUUAUUUUGUGAAGACGUGUCGUGAAGAGCACAAUAAGAAGAGCCCUGGUGUCUCGGUUAACUUCUCAGAAUUUUCCAAGAAGUGCUCAGAAAGAUGGAAAACUAUGUCACCAAAAGAGAAGACUAAAUUUGAAGACAUGGCCAAGCAGGACAAAGUCCGUUAUGACCAGGAAAUGAUGAGCUACAAUCCAGGAAAGAAAGGUCAGAAGCAGAAGAAGGACCCUAAUGCUCCAAGGCGGCCACCGUCUGGAUUUUUCCUGUUCUGUGCAGAAGAAAGGCCCAGCAUAAAGGCUCAGAACCCCAGUCUGGGCAUUGGAGAUGUAGCCAAGAAGCUGGGAGAGAUGUGGAACAAUCUGUCCGAUUCGGAGAAGCAGCCCUUCCUGUCCAAGGCCAACAAACUGAAGGACAAGUAUCAGAAGGACAUGGCUGACUACAGAGGAAAGGGAAAAGGAAGCGGAGGGGCAUCAUCUGCCAAAUCCAAACCCAAGGAAGAGGAUGAUGAUGACGACGACGAUGAUGAUGAUGAGGACGAAGAAGAGGAAGAUGAGGAGGAUGACUAAAGAACUUGUUUCUCCUAAUUGGGCAGCAAGUUAUUUGUUCGCUUCCAAUUAGUAUCAGUUAAGUCUGGGUCUACGAGGUCUUGAUGUCAAGGCUGCUAUAAACUGAUCACCAGUAGAGACGCCCAAUGCAUGCAAGCUCUGACUUUAGACAACCAAACUUUCUCAGUGCUGGGUUUGCUGGUGGUCCAGUUACAGCUUGCUAUUAAACUGCAUUGGCAAAAGCAAAAUAUUUCCACACCGUUCAACCAUAAAGUGGUAGCAGUACAUACUCUUUUAAAACUAUUUAAGGUGGUGUGUUUCUGUAUGGAUGUUGACUUUGUUCUUUUGUUUUAUUUUCUACUCUCCCAGCUUUCAAAAUGCACAAUCUGUUGCUAUAAUUAAAGUUCAGUUUCGUUCUGCCCCAUAAGCUUCCUGCAUUGAGAGUACGUUUGUGAAUUGUGGUUAUUAUUAUUUGUGUAAUUUUGACUGAUUACAUUGAUUAAUUUUAUGUGCGGAGAGUCUAGGUACAUUUUCAGCUUUAACCAGAGGCAAGUGAUGAAAUGUUAAGGUGGGGAAAGCUCUAAUUUGCACCUUCAGUUUUGUUUUUUAUGUCUAGGUGACACUGUGAUUUGAAAUAAACAUGGCAUUUUUAGAUCUCAAAUGAUUCGAGCGACUUUCUUAUCUGCAAAAUGUAGUGUGUAAAUACUUGAGGUAUUUGUCAAUGUUAUCAAUAAAAUGAUAAAUGGUUAUA